GUCUUUCUUCUUCUCCUUCAAAGAAACCUCCUCUCAAUCUCUCUCAAGCUAUUCCGCAGCAUCUCCUGUUCCUUAUACGGCACGGGACUCUCCAUCCACUCUUCAUCGGCGACCGAGGUUAGGAGCUCAGGUGGUUGAUCAUUCUUGGGUCAAAUAAUAAGCUUGUACUUGAGAAUAACACUAACUCAUAUGCAAGUUUUGGAAGACUUACGCAUCCUCUUCUGAUGGUUGCCUCUUACUCCUGGUUGUAAUUUAUUGCUGUAUUUUAAGUGAUGGGGCAUAGACAUUUAUUUGGCACAUCCCAAAUGUUUGAAAACGAACAUGAGAACAGCUGGAAUCAUCUACAUACAGAGCAACAUUUUGGAAAUUUAGUGAGGGCGGGCACUUCAGAGAAUGGUUCUCUUUUCUGUCCUGCCGAAAAUUCUAAUGAUGUGCAUUUCCCUUCUCAUUGGAACCCUGUUGCAAGGUCAAGUGGGUAUGCUACAUCAAGUCACAUUAUUGAAGGUCCACAGUAUCAACCAGACACUUCAGGCCCUUCCCAUGACUUUUUUCCGCAUCCAUCCACUGCUGGAACCUUUGGUGUAGCCCCUGAAAAUUAUGGACCCUCAUCCAGUUAUGAUAGGCAAACUUUACAUGGAGUUGAGGGCAAUUUUAUUGGUCUCUCAAUGAGCAGUGUAAGAGGGCCUCACAAGCGAAAAAGCCCUGGAAUCCCUGCAGUCUGUGAGAUAGGUAGUUCAAGCCAAUACCCUGGUGCUGGAAGCUCCUCUGAUCUUGCUUUAUCUUGUGACCCUUGGCUGGAGAAACAAACUGUGGAUUCUCAACACAUGCAUUGGGAUAGUAUUGGCAUGACCCCCAAUUAUAGAGGCAAUGGCCUUUCAAUUAGGGGUGAGGAUUCCAUGAGGAAUGUGAGAAGCCGCCCUGCAAUUGAUCUGGAAUCCAAUUUAGUUAGGAACCAUUUAUCUCACAGUUCCCACUCUAUGAGCCAACAACCAGUUGACUACUCUAGCUCCAUGGAACUUUCAGGUCAGGCCUCUAGUGCCUUGACACGAGACUGGACCCAUUCAGGAACAUCUUCAGGUCAUGUAGGGCUUCAAGUUUCAGAUUCAAAUGGUCUUAAUCAUGAGACAAACCGUUUCCUGGGUGGUGGCAGUGCUGCAAAUGUCUCCCUAGAGGUUGGGGGAUUUAAUCAUGAGUUCAUUUCAGGUAGAAGUCCUCUCGUUCCUCAAAGUUUUCAUGGUAGCACAACACAAUCUGCAAGAGGUGUUCGGAGUAACUAUUCUCAAAGAUCCACUCCACCUGUUAGGGCUUCAAGCAGUGUGCGCCUAGGACAUUUGGCACCACCAGAGGAUGGAAUGCAGUUGGCUGUUGAAAGUUACCCCUCUAGACAUUCCUUGCCAUUAUCUGCUACAUGGCGAAAUAGUGAGAGAAGUGGAAGGCAAAGGAUAUCAGGUGAUAGAUACCGAUCCCUGUCUGAUGAUGCAGCUUUCAAUGAACGAUUUUCAUCUGAGGGCUUCAUGGUUGUAGAUCGCCCAGCAGCAUAUGGAUCUAGAAAUAUGCUUGACCAGCAUAGAGACAUGAGGUUAGACAUAGACAAUAUGACCUAUGAGGAAUUACUUGCACUAGAGGAAAGGAUUGGGAAUGUUAGCACAGGCUUGUCAGAAGAUUUAAUAUCCAAAUGUUUGACUGAAAGCGUUUUCUUCGAAUUGGAAUUAUUCCAAGAGAAAGAAACUUGUGUAAUCUGCUUGGAGGAGUACCAGGACAUGGAUCGCGUGGGGGCAGUGAAGACCUGCGGCCAUGACUACCAUGUUACCUGCAUCAAGAAGUGGCUUUCAAUGAAGAAUACAUGCCCGAUCUGCAAAGCUUCUGCUCUGGCAGAUGGCAUGAAGGAAAAACAAUAAAAUUUUUCCUGGUUUUACUAUUUAUAUUCAUGUAUAUAUUCUCUUCAGAAUUGCUUAAACAAAGAAAAUAAACAUUGUUUAAGAAAAUCAAUUUGUUGCAGGCUUCUAUAAAAUUCAAGCCAUUAGAUCCUACUGUUAAUUUAGAUGGUGCAAAGUCGAGUAAAUGAAGCUGUGCCUU